GCCUUUGACUGGGGCGUGCCACAGCCGGCACUGCAGGCUCUGGCGCUGUGCAGCUUCACCAUGAAGCGCUGGGUGUACUGGAUGGCUCGGUCCGGCCGCAACCUGUGCGUCAUGGCGCAAAAGGUGGCCAUAAGCGCAGCUGGCCACAUGCCGGGCUUGUUUGUCAACCCGCGCACAGUGGGCCUUUGUCGGCUGCCGGACGACCCCGCAGCCCGGCUGGACGAUGAUUUGGACCACAUCGGGGUGCAGACGCGCACGGCGCUGGGCGCGGCGUGCUCGGUGUUCCGGGCGGUGCCGGUCAUCGUGCACGCGCACCUGCUAUGCAAGGAGUUUGCUGCGGAGGCGCGGCAGCGCGCCGGCAGCGCCGGCGUCGGGGCGGCGGAGGCCGCUGCUGCCAAGGCGGUGGCGGAGGCGGCGGAGGCCGAGGCGGAGGCUUGGAAGCUGCUGCUGCUGGACUUCAGCCACGCAAGCUGCUUCGAGCUGGUGGCGGAGGUGACGGAGCUCAUGACCAACACGGUGGCGGGCAGCGCCGUGAGCAGCGAGCACGUGCGGUGGACGCUGUACGCGCUGCUGCACCUGGCGGUUGCCUUCCCCGAGGACGCGGCCAGGGAGCUGAAGAAGUACCAGGUGCCCUCGCCCUACUUCUCGUCGAGCCCCUCGCGGCCCGCCACCGGCCCCGUGCCCAAGGUCACGGCCGACGCGGCGCUUCAGGCUGCCUGUGUGCAGGUGCUGGGCCUGCAGGUGCAGGGCAUCGGCACCAUUGCGGCGGAGUUCUUUGUGUUGGGGCGGCUGAUCAGCAACGGGCGCGCGGAGCCGCGCGAUGUGGAAGCCCUGAAGGCGGGGUUUCCGUUAUUGCUCGCGCCCUGGUGCUCGGUGGGCAAGCUGCCCGGUGCACUGUGGGCGCGGCGCGUGGCGGCGCUGCUGCCGCCGUUGGCGUUGGCUGGGGAGCUUGUGGGCAUGUCGAGCGACAUGUGCGCCAACCGGGCGUGCGUGAGGAUGGCCGGCGACAGCGCGGCGGGCGUGACGCUGCAGCGGUGCGGCGGGCGGUGCGGCGGCGCGGCGAGCUACUGCUGCGUGGAGUGCCAGCGCACGCACUGGAAUGCGGGGCACAAGGAGGCGUGCGGCAAGAGGGCAGCGGCGCCGAAGUGAUGCCUGGUUGUAAGGUGGAGGCUAGGAAGUGGGCUGGACAUGGCAGGACUGCAGGUGCGCCUUGUUGCCGUUGUAGGGCUUUGAGUUUGGUUGCAAGAGGGUUGCGAAUGCGCGUGUGGACACUUGGUACGUGAGCAGGACGCGCGCGGGUGAUGAGCGGGUUGCGGGUUGAGGGGCCAUGAAGCUGUUGGGCGUUGCCUGGACGGAACGCGUACCACGCAGGCCGCUGAAUACCGUGGGGUCGACA